AUGGCUCAAAAAUCAGUCAGAGUCUCUAAGAAUUUUAGCACCUCUUCAGCUGUUAUCCCAGGUAGCCGAACUAGCUUCAGCACGGUUUCGGUCUCCCGGGGAGGUGGUGCAGGCUUUGGACGUGCCAGUGGUGGCUUUGGCAGCAGAAGCCUCCAUGGCUUUGGAGCAAGUAAAAGAAUCUCCAUGGGCGGCUACCGUACUACUGCCAGAUCUGGAUAUGGUUAUGGAUUAGGUCAUGGAGGAGUUGGGUACCGGAUUGUUGGUGGUGGUGGCUAUGGCUAUGGAGCUGGUGCUGGUGGCAUCCAUGAGGUUACCGUCAACCCAAACCUCCUGGCACCUCUUAACUUGGAGAUUGACCCCACCAUCCAGAAGGUGAGGAAGGAAGAGAAGGAGCAGAUCAAGACACUCAACAACAAAUUUGCCUCCUUCAUUGAUAAGGUAAGUUUUUCUCUGGAUGCCAUCCUAAAAACUUUACGCUACUUUAAAACAAGUUCCUUCCUGCUACUAUUUAAACAAGCUCUGCUGACAAUAUAGGGCAGCUGUUUUCUUUCCGUGCCUGCUAUAUCCUACCAACAUUUCAUCGCUAGAAAUAGACACAGCUGUGUACAGUGGUACCUCGGUUUUCGAAGUUCUCUGUUGACUAAAAUUUUGUUUUUCGAAUGCCGUAAACCCAGAAGUAAAUGCUUCGGUUUUUGAACACGUCUCGGAAGUCGAACAUGCCAUGCGACUUCCAUAUUAAGUUUUUCAUAUUGAGUUUUCCAUAUUGAGUUUUCCGUAUUGUUUGUUCAGUUUUCGAACAUUUCAGAACUCGAACCGUCUUCCAGAAAGGAUUACAUUUGAAAACCGAGGUACCACUGUAUUUGUAGAGCAUCCUUGCUCUCACACCUUGGAUCACUUCCUGAUGGUUAAUCAGAGAUGGGGAAGAACUACAAAUCCCAUUAUCCCUUGUUAUGAACGCUGGCAGCUGGGCUAAUGGGAACUGUAGUCCAAAAUAUCAGGAGGACACGAGGCUGGAAAAAGAGCAUCUCCUCCCUGUGAUCGGAGACGAAACUUCAAGAGACCUGGUGGAGAGAGCAAAAGGGGUACGAAUGCAUGAUAGGACUAUAUGUCUUAUAUGUGUGGAAAUUGCAGGGAAGCUCGCAGGCUUCAUUCAUAUUUCAGCUGUUUUGUGCAACUUAACAGCAUGACUAAGCAUCUCAAAAAGAAGUAAAUAAUCUUUCAUUGAUGGGAAUAUGUUUUCCAGUAAGGGUGCUUAAAGGUAAAGGUACCCCCUGACCAUUAGGUCCAGUCGCGGACGACUCUGGGGUUGCGGUGCUCAUGUCGCUUUACUGGCUGAGGGAGCCGGCGUACAGCUUCCGGGUCAUGUGGCCAGCAUGACUAAGCCGCUUCUGGCGAACCAGAGCAGCGCACGGAAAUGCCGUUUACCUUCCCGCCAGAGCGGUACCUAUUUAUCUACUUGCACUUUGACGUGCUUUCGAACUGCUAGGUUGGCAGGAGCAGGGACCGAGCAACGGAAGCUCACCCCGUCACGGGGAUUUGAACCGCCGAACUUCUGAUCGGCAAGCCCUAGGCUCUGUGGUUUAGACCAUAGCACCACCCGCGUCCCAAGACCAGUCAAUAGCUGGAGCUAAAUUAGGGGGUAGGACAUUAGGUCAUGGAGAGAAAUUUCACUUGUUUAUAUUUUACUGACCUUAAAAAUGUGUGACUAAAGAAACCAAGGUUUUUGCAGCAAGUCGCUUAUAAUCCUCAGUGUCUUAGAACCAGCGAAAUAUUUAUUUAUUUAGUAACUCAUUUAGUUUCAACAUGAACCAAGGUUGUUAGCAUAGUGGCGCCAGUAAUUUGGUACACUGUUCCUUUUGAAAUCAGACAGGCAGCUACAGCCCUGAUAUUUCAUCACCUGCUCUAAGCACAUUUGUUUCAUUAAGUGUUUCCAGUGAAUUGAUAGGGAUAGGGGGAGAAAUUCAAUUUAGUUUGCAUUUAAUGGCAAACGUACCUAAUUUGCAGUUUCUGAAACAGUUACGUGAACUGGAACACUGCUGCCCUUCACAUUUUGCAAUGCAGUUCUCCAAUGUGUACAAAAAUGUGCACUUAAAUACAUACUGAUUUACAAAAUGUGUUUAUUAAGGGAAAUUACAUACAAAAAAUGUGUACGUAAAGAGAAAUUUGUGUUGAAAUGUUGAUGGAUUUUCAAGUGGGAAUUUUAAAAACAAAUUCACAAAAUGAUUUGGAAAUGUGUAGAACUGAACUUAAGCUUGGAAUAAUGGAAAGAAGCUGAAAUUCACAAGAGUCCCUCAUUCCUGUGUUGAUCGUUUGUUCUGGACUUAAUGAUUUUAUAACUGGAUAAUGUUAUAGCUGUGUGAUGUUUUAAUGAUUUUAUUGCAUAUCACCUUGAUAUUUUUUAUGAAUGGCAUGCUUAAAAAUAGUAUUAUAAUUAAAUUUAAAUAAAUAACUUGGAUUGCCUCCACACCAGCCCCUUCCCCGAAUUGUUAUCCUUCAUUCAUUGGCUGGUUAGAGGAAAUUCAUACCACCCUCAAAUAAUUGCAUUUGAGUGUUUUUGAGUUAGCCUCCUAUACAUAUAUUUGAUUUGAUCUUACAUAUAUUUGAUUUGUGGUGACACUUAAGUAUUAGAUGCAGGAUUCUCUAGCUUUCAAGGGUCUUCUGUAGCUGAAGUGUGGAGGACACUAUGGAUGUUGGUGAACUCCCGUCAGCCCCAGAAAGCAUGGCUCAUGGCCACAGAUCAUGGGAAUUGUAUUUCAGCAACAUCGAAAACGCCAAAGGCUCCUCACACCUGCUGUAGUUGGAUCCAGUUUCAUUCUCCUUUUGCACUGCAUUGGCACAUGAUGCAAGAUCAAAUUAUCUAACACUGAAGGUCUGGUUCUUCCGCUAAAACAAAUUGUGUCAAUGGAAAAUGUUUAGAUAGCUUUGUGUACCUUGCAUAGAGUUCAGCUUUUGCUUGUCUUGUGAGAAAGACCUAAAGAUGAUGAAAUUUGAACAAGGUGCUUCCAGUUCAUAGCUGUACCCUUAAAAUGCUGUACCCACUUAUGCAAUAUGUGAGAGUAAAUGAGAAUUUAGCAUGGGAUUGCUAGGAAGAAAUGAGAACAUGAAUAAAGAUGGAGGUUGUAGUUGGAAGCCCAGGUAGCCGUGCAAGAUAUCAGACUCCACUGCUUGGUACCUACCGGCAGCUGAGAGCCCAAAUUUGCUUUUAAUAUAUAAAAGUCACAAUUGAUCCUGUGUCACAAUCCACAGAAAAUUCACCAUGCUUUUUUUUUAAAAGCAACCAAUAGACACAAUUAGAUGCCUGUGUUAAAAGAUAACACUUCCCGGUUUCAUUCCUAUAUCUUUCCAUUUAUCCACCAUCUGCAAAUCUCCUGGACCUUAUGAAUCAUUUGAUACUAACCACUCUUUGAGCUGCUAUUAAUACUAGCUCAUUAGGUGCAACCUGCCAGCUUCCUGUAACAUUUUCUAUGUAAAGUAUUUGCUGUGGCAAUUUCUUGCAAUCUAUUUAAAAAUAGAAGGGAAAGAUAUUCAGGAUAUUACCUCCUUUGAUGGUGGUAUAGCUUAGCAACCCGUAUUCUGUUUUGUCCGUACACGAGGCCAACAUUCAACAUAUUUUUGUCUUGGUGGGAUACAUUCAGGUCCGUUUCCUGGAGCAACAGAACAAAGUGCUAGAGACCAAAUGGAGCCUCUUGCAGGAGCAAAAGAUCACCCGGCGUAACCUUGACCCUUUAUUUGAGUCAUACAUCAGUGGUCUAAAAAAUCAGCUGGAUCAUAUUCUGGGACAGAGACCACAAUUAGAGAUGGAAUUGAAGAACAUGCAGGAUACAGUGGAGGACUUCAGGAUAAGGUGGGUACUGUAAGAUAAUUAUUGUUAUCAUCAUUGUUGCAUGGUAGGGGGUUAGACUAGAUGGUCCUUGGGGUCUCUUUCACAUUUACAAUUCUAUGAUAACCACAAUUAAUUUAUAAAUCAGCUUCUGCACAAUUGUCUCAAGGCGGUGUGCAGUUAAAAACACAAACAAAAAAACCCCAACUAAUUUAAAGCAUCACAACAGCAGACACAUUUAAAAGAAGACAAUACAAAUUAGACUGUCAGGACAAAGACCCAUUUAUCCAGUUAGGGAAGUCUGUUGGAACACAGUUGUUUCUGGAAAGUGCAGGUGGUGGGUGUCUUUCAAGAGGGAAGCUGUUCCACAACAGGGGCAGCCACACAUACUGCAACAAUCUGACUGAAGGCAAAAGACUGUAAAAUAGACAAAUGAAAUGACAAAUUUCAGUCUUCUCCUACUAGCGAUCUCCUUAGCUGACUGCUGAUGCUCUAAAUGUGAAGCAAAAUCUCAGUCAGAUGAAAAUCUUAUUUAUUUUUGGUCACAUGUCAAAAGUCAGCCUGGCUGGGCAUCUUCUGAAGGCCCAAACUCCAGCAGCCCCCACCCACUGUCCACUGUCCCUCAGACCUUGUGGGGGGCCAGACUAUAUUUUUUUUGGGGGGGGGGAAUGAACGAAUUCCUAUCCCCCACAAAUAACCUAGAGAUGCAUUUUAAAUAAAAGGGCAUAUUCUGCUCAUGUGAAAACACGCUGAUUCCCGGACCAUCCACGGGCCGAAUUGAGAAGGCGAUUGGGCAAGAUCUGGCCUCCAGGCCUUUGUUUGCCUACCCAUGCCCUAAACACUGAAAAGAUUAUGGUGUCCACCAUUUGCAGUUCAAAAUAAAAAGAAUACUAACUAGUAAAAUAAUGUUUCCAACAAACAAAAAACAUACAUUUAUUGCAAACCAUGACAGGAUCUAGUUUCAUUGCAUUAUUUUUAUCUACAUUAGUAGAAGGUCCCUUGGUUUAGGUGAGGCCAGGAAAAUGGCAGAAGACUGGAGAGAACAAGAAGUGCAGGAAAGUUCUGAUUUUGCCCACAAUGACCGCUCCCCACAUUAAAUGGGGGGCGCCCUUUGCGUGGUCGCACGCAGCCCCCUGGACUCUAUGUAGCUCCAUUAGCACUGACUUGGCUUUGCCUUCCCUCAGGUGGGAUACCUGAAGGUCUCCGCCUACCUCAGUCAGUUGUCCAAUCCCGCCUGGGGAAGCGUUGCCAAGGGGACCAGGCCAGGUAGGGGGAGGGACUACCUGCCCACACAAUAGAGGGAGGAUCUUACCUGGAAUCUUCAGUUGGCUCCAGAGCUUGAUUUCUUUGAUGCUUUUCCUGAAAUGCCAAAUGCCAAAUUCUUUGAUAUAUGUACCGUAUUUUUCGCCCUAUAGGACGUACUUUUCCUCCUCCAAAAAUGAAGGGGAAAUGUGUGUGCGUCCUAUGUGGCGAAUGCAGGCUUUCGCUGAAGCCUGGAGAGCAAGAGGGGUCGGUGCGCACGGACCCCUCUUGCUCUCCAGGCUUCAGGAAGCUAUCCGCAAGCCCUGGGAGCCCGUGGGAGUUCCCACAGGGCUCCCACGGCUUGCACAGAACUGCCUGCAUCCCAAAGCCCGGGCUGGCUGAGCAGUCGCGCCCGGGCUUCGGGUAGCUCUGCGCAAGCUGCGGGAACCCUCCCACGGCUUGCGCAGAGCAGCCUGUUCUGGGGGAUGGGGUCGGGGGAAGCUUGGGCUUCCCCCGCCCCAGCCCUGCGCCUGGGGGGGGGGGAAAUAAUUUUUUCCCCUUUAUUUCCACCCCAAAAAACUAGGUGCGUCCUAUGGGCCGGUGUGCCCUAUGGGGCGAAAAAUACGAUAUAUCAUUAAAUUGCUGAACAGCAGGUUCAGUAUGUUGGCCAAGGAAAGUGGAAAAUUGUAAGAUGAUUAUUAUUACCUACUCUUCACCCUAACUUCCCAUAGCAGGUCACAACAGCUUAAAAUACAACAUUAAGAAUGGUUUAAAAGGAAUCAUAAUCACUAUAUAUAGAAAAAAACACACACACACACACACACACACACACACACACAAUAUUGGUUCAAAUAUAAGCUGUCCCCCAAUAUAGGUCACACCCUUAAAAUGAAAAUGUUUUGAAAGGAAUCUCUUAAAUCUCCAGCACCAUCCAGUGUAUUUUUGUUUGGCUUUUUUACAAUCUAAAAAUCAAAUGCAAACUUUGCACUCGUUUCACAAUAGACAUACUGGGUGAUCCUUUUACAAAAACCAGUAAAGUACACCAAAGUUCUUCAUGGGUCCAGAGAUGGGCUUAAAUCACAGCUUUUCUACUUGCAAGAGCACAAUUAUAGGCCACACUCAAGUUAUAUACAAACCAGAUUAAUUGAGAAUGUGCAGCCUGUAUUCAGAUGAAUAUGGCAUGAACAGACACACCCACACCCCUCUUUCAUGGGGGUUUAGAGGUUGUCAAAUGGCCUUUCCCCAUUGCUCGGCUCCAGGGAACUAAUGGCGUUAAGACGAGCCAGCUGGAUCAGGCCCACUGCCCAUCUCGUCCUGUUUUCAUGGCAGCCACCCACAUGCCAAAACUGCAUUCCCAGAAAGGGAUUGUUUCUGCUGCACCUUCUGGCCCCUUCGUAUUUGGCAACGUUCAAGAAAAGAAAGGUGAAGGCAGACUGGUCUUGGCCUCUCCUCAAAGUAAAGUCAAUAAAACUAGUUCGGACGUUUUCAUUUGUGAAUUCCUUCAGAAAGACGUAACAUCAACCAAGGCCAAAAGCCAAAACACCAGGACACUUCAGGGCUCACAGUGCUCUGUUUUUGAGGAUGAGUCUCUUUGUGGGCUUGUAAUAGGGGCACAGCACAUCAAAUGCCUCUUGAUCUGGGGUUGCAUGGAGAAUAGGCCUGAACGUGAGCUGCACUUAUCACCAGGAUUGAUGAGAAGACAGUAAUUCUGGUUUAUUGCGGUGUUAGCUCUUCUUACAGCCUUCCACUCCCUUCCUCAGGCAUUGCAGGUCUAAACCACCACCAUCCCACACACUCUGUGUCCUUCCCAAAGCCUUCAACCCAGGGGUCAGCAACCUUUUCCAGCCAUGGGCCGGUCCACUAUCCCUUAGACCAUGUGGUGGGCUGGACUAUAUUUUGAAAAAAGAAUAAUGAACGAAUUCCUAUGCCCCACAAAUAACCCAGAGAUGCAUUUUAAAUAAAAGAACACAUUCUACUCACGUAAAAACACGCUGAUUCCCGGACCAUCCAUGGGCUGGAUUGAGAAGGUGAUUGGGCUGGAUCUGGCCCCCGGGCCUUAGUUUGCCUACCCGUGCUUCAACCAGUGCUUCCCAAAGCCUUCUGUCUGAAUUUGCUCUUUACUAGCAUCCUACCCCAAGACAGCCACCAUAGAUGCUCAGAGUUCAGCCUGGUCCCUGUGUCAUUGGCGGGUUGGGGCUAGGGCCUCACCUGCUUCUGAGCCCUGGGGCACUCCAGUAGCCCCUUUCUCUAAGCUAUGGGGCCUGAGAAGUCACACCAGUCUGCAUUCCCAACUGUUGUAUCUGGGGUUUUAGAGAGCACCAAAAAACCCCACCCCUAUGACUAUGUCAACAAAUUGAUACUUAACAUUAUUGCCUCAAAGCUCAUAAAUGACAGUUAAGCAUUAUCCCCCCUCACACCAAGCAUUCCUCAAAGCCUAAUUUCCAAAGUGAAAUUCUAAAAUAAAAUUUGAAUUCUAACAUUUUGAUGGCUGCUAGCUUUAAAUGUUUUGAAAGGAUGUGAACAAACGAGGAAGACUAGUUUAUGAAAUGUUAUUAGCCAUGUUACCUAAAUGGAACCUUCAUGUUCAGAGGCAAUAUAUCUUAUAUAGCAGAAAUGUUGGAGACAAACAACUGAGGGGGUUUCUUGUGGGCUUGCUGGAGCCAAAUGGAUUGCUAUUUAUGCUGCGCUAUAUGGACACUGGUCUGAUCAAGUAAGGAUCUUAAGUACUUGUGCUGAAUUUGGAAUUUGUGUAAACUUUCAUCUUGACUUCAGCAAAUAUCAGUCUUCAAACAGGGAUGUGCUUACUUUUUUGCACAUGGGUUCCAUCCUUCUACUUUAGUCUGGUGAAAGAGCCAAAGAUUAUUGUGGCAGGUGCCAGAAGGCGAUGGGAGACUUUAAAAGAAUUCUGUGAAAUAGGUGGGAAGGUCUUCCCCCCCCACUCAUCCAGUGGUAAUGAGUCACUCAAUUUCCCCCUCCCUCCGACAGGUAUGAAGAGGAAAUCAACAAGCGCACAGGUGCAGAAAAUGAUUUUGUGGUGCUCAAGAAGGUGAGUGGGUUUCCAUGAGGCAAGACACAGUGAUAACAGCAAGAACCUUGAUUGAACUACAUAACUGGGAAACAGGGGCAAAGCAACUGCUUAUAUAAAUUUCUGAAAGCUUGGGCCACUCCCACUCCCAACGUGAUUGGCUGUCUAAACUUCCAAGUUGCGAAUCACAACUCAGAGUUCAAGGGCCAAUGGCAGAGGCCCCAAUCCUGAAAUGUUCUGUGAUUGCACAUCGUGUAUCAAAUCAGAACAAAGGAGCUCAGAAUCCUUAGUCCAGACUCAAGCUCAGGCAAACACAGACCACUGAAUACAUAACAGUAACUUCAGCACAUUUGGCACAGAGUGAUGGGGCCACUGCUUUAAACAAAUGCAUGCUUUAACCCUUGUACUUUUAGGGGAAACUUGUGGUUUCGUUUUGGCUCUCACAUCUGCUGUGGUGUUCAGCCCUUUGGUCUUUUUCUCUCUUUCCAGGAUGUGGAUGCUUCCUUUAUGAACAAGGUUGAGCUGCAAGCCAGAGUGGAUUCCCUAGCUGAUGAAAUCAACUUCCUGAGAGCUUUCUAUGAAGAAGUAAGAACACCUUCUAGUUUUUUCAGGGAGAAAGAAAGAAGAGUCUAGCAAGAUGAGCCCAAACCAGCUCUGGUUGACAUUUUGCAUUUUCAAGCAUUGGUUGCUACCAACAAGUUCAAUCUCUAGGCCUCUACUCAGAUGGCAUCCUAACAGAGAGGAAACCAGCUCCUUGUGGCUCAAUCCUAUACUACUCUGCUGAAGUCUAAGUCAGAGAUGGGAAACUUCUGGCAUUCCAGAUAUUGUUGGACUACAACUCCCAUCAUCCCUCAUCAUCGACCAUGCUAGCUGUGGCUGAUGUCAUCUGGAGUCUAGCAUUAUCUGGAAAGCCACAGGAUUCCCCAGUACCAAUAGGCUGUGUAGGCAUCGGCAUAUAGGCCCCAAGCCUUUUCGGGCCCCUGAGACAACAGAUCAAAAUAAUCUUGAUUUGAUCUUGAAAGAAAAUUGAAAUCAAGCUUUCUUAGUUCAAUGCUAUCCCAGUAGAGCAUGCGCACAACGGGGGUGGACUGCAAUUUCAACUGCCAUCCGGCCUCCACAGGGCUUGAUCCGGCACAGCUCAAUCAUUUUUGCCAUUUUUGCAAUUUUUCCAGCAGCGUCUUUGCUGUUCCACUAGAGAAGCUGCCCUAGAGGUAUACCUUUUGCUCCCUACUGAAAUAUUGGGACCUGUUAACAGAAUCCAGCUUAUUUCAAACUGUUUCUUACUUAAUAUGUCACUCAGAUGCCAUAAUAAAAUACAAUCCGGACUGAAAGAUGAAUGGAUAGACAAAAUACAAAGAGUUAGGCCUGACAUGUAACCAACCAAGCACCAAGGAAGUCUUUUGAGGUGUGACUGCAUCCUCAAUAUUAGCAAGAAUUGGGCGUGUUUAUUUCAAGCAGGGUUGCAGACUGUUCUAGGGUCUCACUUUUCCAUCUAGUACAGUAGAGAUGGGGGAACCCUCCAGACAUUGCUAGACUACCACUCCCAUAAUCUCUGACCCGUGACCAUGCUGGCUAGGAUGAUGGCAGCUGGAGUCCAGCAACAUCUGAAGAGCCAAAGGUUCCCCAUCUCUGAAAUAAGCUUCAGGUUGCAAAGUUUCCUUGCUCAGUGUGGACCAGUGCUUGAAUGUGGUAGAGAUGUGGGAGUCUUUCAUCUUGGUAAGCCCUCUUUCUUCAACUUUUUUCCUCAUGUAGGAAUUAGCCCAGUUGCAGGCCCACAUUUCUGACACCUCUGUCGUUCUCCAAAUGGACAACAACCGAAACCUGGACCUGAACAGCAUCAUUGCUGAGGUCAAGGCUCAGUAUGAAGACAUUGCCAACCGAAGCAGGGCUGAGGCAGAAUCGUGGUAUCAAAGCAAGGUGAGUAGUUCUUAAGUGUUGGGGAAAUGGGUUUGAAAGGAGGAGCCAGGGCUCUAAAGCCAUGUAUCUAGAGUGGCCAUGUAUCUUACUUUUACAGAAGACAGUCCCUGUUUGAAGAGCUGUUGGAGGAUAUUCCUGUACCUCAAGGCAUCCUCUGUUUGAAAGGCUGUCUGAUCUAACUCCAUGUAAAGCUAAAGAACCCUAAGAAAGGAAAACAUGGAGGAUCUUGAAGUUGCCCAUCACCAAUGAGCACCUGGGCAGCAGACUGAGCAGGCAUGAAGGUCACCUGCUCACAGCCUUCCCAAUAUGGGGAGAUGUAUUGUGUGCCUAUUUGACCUGUAUAUAUUAUGUCUAAAUUUACAUCUACAGUCGUACCUUGGUUGUUGAACAGGAUGCGUUUCGAGAUUCCGUUCAAUUCCUUUUUUUUUUUUAAAGAAUAUUUAUUCCAAUUUUAAAAUUACAUAGAAAGAAAAAAGCAAAAAAAGAAAAACCGAUCACAUACACCCUACAAGAAAAAAAAAAAGAAUAACACACAAUACAGAAAAAAAUACAAAAGACAAAAAAUCACAAUACAAAAAUAACAAAAAAUCAAGUUAAGUCAUUAAGAUCAUUUUCCCAUUUACUUAUUUCCCAGACUUCCUCUCACUUCUCUGCUUUGUAUUCUAAUUUAAAUCGUAUCUCCAGCAAACCCUUCUAACCUUCUUUUCAUUUACUUAAUUUAACAUUCAAAAAUAUUUAAAUAUAAAUAUCAAUUCCUGGAACCAUUCAAAAAUUAAGGCGCAGCUUUCAGUUGGCUGCAGGAGCUUCCUCCAGCCAAUCAGAAGCCACAGAAGCCACGCCGGAUGUUUGGCUUCCGAAAAUCAUUCGAAAACUGGAACACUCACUUCCGGUUUUUUAUUGUUUGGGAGCCGAAACAUUUGGCACCUAAGCCAUUUGAGAUCCAAAGUAUGAGAUCCAAAGUAUACAUGUGCACAUUAUGCAAAUCUGUGUCCUCCUUUCUCUACUUUGGAGUUUUUUCCUUUUUUUUGAGGAAGGGGUGAUGCAUUUGCUCUCUUUUUGGUAAUUUAAAAGUGGCCACCCAUUGUUUGCCUCCAUCAAAGUUUGCACUUCAGUAAUCUAAAUAAUUCCCCCCUUUUUUUGACUCUCAGUAUGAAGAAUUGCAGCUUUCUGCUGGAAGGCACGGAGAUGAUCUGCGCAAUACAAAGACUGAGAUCUCCGAGCUGAACCGCAUGAUCCAACGACUCCAUUCCGAGAUCGACAAUGUGAAAAAACAGGUACUGCCAUGCAGGGCUGCUGAAAAUUUCAACUAAAGGAGUAUUUCAUGGCAAGGCUGGCAAGGGGCAGUGGCAGCUAUGUGGGGGGUGGACUUAGAGGGAAGUAAAAUAAGCUUUUUUUGUACCAGUCUUCAAAUGCCCUCUUUUGCUGAUGACAAUACUGUGGAUCCAGCUAUUUUACUUAAUUCUAGUUAAAUUAUCCUAAGUUGCUCCGAGCUGAGAACAUUGCCUUUUCUUCUUCCCCUAGUGUGCCAGCCUGCAGGCAGCCAUUGCCGAUGCAGAGCAGCGUGGAGAACUUGCCCUUAAAGAUGCCAGGAUAAAGUUGGCCGAACUGGAGGAGGCUCUAAUGAAGGCCAAGGCGGACAUGGCUCGUCAGCUUCGGGACUACCAGGAGCUCAUGAAUGUCAAACUGGCCCUGGAUAUUGAGAUCGCCACCUAUAGGAAGCUGCUGGAAGGGGAGGAGAGCAGGUUGGUGGAACUGGGCUGGGGUGAAGUGUGAAAUGCACCGCUAGACUGCUGGUGGAAAAAGACCCUCUCUUGGUGUGGACAGACCCCAUCCUCCUCUUUGAUCUCCACCAGGCUUCUUGCCAACCAAGGUAUCACCCAGGGCUGGAGAACUGUGGUCCUCCAGAUGUCAUUGGACUCCAAUUCCCAUCAGCCCCCACCAGAUUGGCUAGUGGUCAAGGAUGAUGGGAGUUUUCGUUCAACAACAUCUAGAGGGCCACUCCACAGCAGUCAAAACUAUUCAUGGCUACAACACACAUAUCUAAUAUAGGCCCCUGUUGACCAGUGGUCCCAGAUACAAUGUUUACAUUAUGAUGACGGGCUCUGAAAACUAAAGCAAUUUUUUUGGCCAGCCUCCUGGGAAGAGAAGUUUAGCCAAAGGGCGCCCAGGCCUAUCAUUACCACCUGGAAUCCUCUCAUGGUCACUGGGUCCCUUGCUGAUGCUGAGGCCUCUGUUGCGUGGCGAUUCCCGCCCACCCCCCCCCCCAAGUUGGAAUGAAAUAAAGACACAGGACACCAGAAUUUAAGGUUAAUGGGCGAAUAUUGGCCACAACUUUAUUGGUAAGAGCGGUAUUGGCUUUAGGCAUUGGUCCUAUCAGACUAUCCGGGAUAAACCCGGAAGGCGUUAACACCAAUAGGGGGAGCCCUGAGAUGCACAUCCCUAGGCGCUCCCCGAGGGGUCACCGCUCGGGAGCGCGCUUUAGGCCCUAGCCUCCAUAGGUUUCGGACGAGGCAACGCCCCCCCCCCUGCCGGAAUCCUUUAUCGGACUACCCCUAAAUAUUUGGGGGAGGUGAUGGCGCUCCUCCCCCCCAACUCAUCAGCAUAAUACCCCUACCAAUGCCUAACCGCCCAAACCAAAGGUGUUGUGACGUUUUGCUACGAGGUAGGCGAAAAAACCAAAUGGCUCCAAAAACAAUGCCAAUUAGCCAAGUGGAAAAACUCCUACCAGGCCCUUGCGGCGAUCAACCGAGGUCCAUAGCAAAGUCCGAGGAAAAACCUAGAGGGUGGGUGGGUAGGAAACUGCAGCUGGAGCGUGGAUGGAAAGGGGCGUUCUUGGGCCACGCUGACCUUAAAUGACCCAAGCCCCGCCCCUGCAGCCAGCCGAUUGGCUGGCUCAGGGUAUGACGCAGCCCGAAGAUUCCCCUAGUUGCGCGGGGCCGCAGCCAGCCCCACGCGGAUGAAGGUGGGUGUGAGCCCGCAACCCCCCCCCCCAAUGUCGGGAGUGGCUUUCUGGCUGGAGUUUGCAGUUGCAAUCUAAGAAUGCUGCCAUGGGUUCGUGGUAGCUGCCAUGUUUUUUUUAAAACCCACACUGCCAUUGGAAAAUGGAACUUCCUGGGCACUGCAGCUUGGAAAAUGAAGAUGGCAGCUGCAACUAUGGCGUCUGGGCCCCCACCAGACAACUCUGUGCCAAGCAGCCCCUUGACACAACCCUUGGGAUACCACAGCUCCAAAGACCAUUUUGCUCUAUCACUUUAUUGUGGUAGUGAUGGGGAAAAGACAGGAUUGCUUGACCUCAUUCUAGUGAUCAUUUCCUGCACAUGGAAAGCAAGUUGUAAAUGAGAAAAAGUUUGCAGCUUCCAGUGGGAUUUCUCUAUGCACAGAAAACUAAAGUCUUAAUGCUCUUGACUAGAACAGUGAUCUUACUGGCAGCUAUUAGCUCUGCAGAAUUGCAUUUGAACCACUGCUAUUUCCCCCCAAGCUGCUGGAUCAUAACAAUUAAAGUAAUUUCCUUUCCUCUCUCAUUUAACAGGCUUGCUGGAGAGGGAGUUGGCGCCGUAAAUAUCUGUAAGUAAUAAGCAAGUGAAUCACAGAAACUCACAAUCCCCUAAUUAAUUACCUCUCACCACUGAUCUAAAGAAAUAAAGGAUCAAAUGUUUUGUCAGCAACAAAAAAUAUACCCAAAGAAAUGCAUAGUUAUUGUAUCAAAACAGAAAUACAGUGGUACCUCGGGUUAAGCACUUAAUUCCUUCUGGAUCAUAGAAUCAUAGAGUUGGAAGAGACCACAAGGGCCAUCGAGUCCAACCCCCUGCCAAGCAGGAAACACCAUCAGAGCACUCCUGACAUAUGGUUGUCAAGCCUCUGCUUAAAGACCUCCAAAGAAGGAGACUCCACCACACUCCUUGGCAGCAAAUUCCACUGUCGAACAGCUCUUACUGUCAGGAAGUUCUUCCUAAUGUUUAGGUGGAAUCUUCUUUCUUGUAGUUUGGAUCCAUUGCUCCGUGCCCGCUUCUCUGGAGCAGCAGAAAACAACCUUUCUCCCUCCUCUAUGUGACAUCCUUUUAUAUAUUUGAACAUGGCUAUCAUAUCACCCCUUAACCUCCUCUUCUCCAGGCUAAACAUGCCCAGCUCCCUUAGCCGUUCCUCAUAAGGCAUCGUUUCCAGGCCUUUGACCAUUUUGGUUGCCCUCCUCUGGACACGUUCCAGUUUGUCAGUGUCCUUCUUGAACUGUGGUGCCCAGAACUGGACACAGUACUCCAGGUGAGGUCUGACCAGAGCAGAAUACAGUGGCACUAUUACUUCCCUUGAUCUAGAUGCUAUACUCCUAUUGAUGCAGCCCAGAAUUGCAAUGGCUUUUUUAGCUGCUGCGUCACACUGUUGGCUCAUGUCAAGUUUGUGGUCAACCAAGACUCCUAGAUCCUUUUCACAUGAUCACUCGCGCCUACUCGAGGUCCGUACUUAACCUGAAACUGUUCUUAACCUGAAGCACCACUUUAGCUAAUGGGGCCUUCCGCUGCUGCCACACCACUGGAGCAUGAUUUUUGUUCUCAUCCUGAAGCAAAGUUCUUAACCUGAAGCAUUAUUUCUGGGUUAGCGGAGUCUGUAACCUGAAGCGUAUGUAACCUGAAGCGUAUGUAACCCGAGAAACCACUGUAUUAGGUUGUGGAAUUCUUUAUGCCUUCUUUGAUGUUCCUCAGAUGUUUUAAUCCAUGAACCCUGAACUUCUCCUCUGGUCCCUUUGCAGCUGUGGUCCAUUCAUCUGGAGGCAUGAACUACGGCGGUGGAAGUGCCAUGGGCCUUGCAGGCGGCGUUGGCCUUGGCUACGGAGGAGGCCUCAGCACUGGAGGCAGCAGUUUCACCUCUGCUGGUGGCAAGGCGCUAUCUGGGAGCAUUGCUUCAGCCCGGGGGAGCAGUUCCAGUAUGAAGAUUGUGUCAAAAACCUCCACCACCAGAAAGAGCUACCAGAACUAA